CCUGAGCCUGGAGCUUCCGUGCCGCGAUGCUGGCGGGCAUGAAGUGGCGGCUGGGGCUACGGCUCUGUCGCCAGGCCGCGACUCUGUCCCGUGCGUACCACGGGGACAGGGUGGCCGCGGUGGGCUCGCAUCCUGACGCCGGCUCCCCGCUCUACCAGGAAAACUAUGAACGAAUGAAAGCACUAGUAACUGAACUCCAAGAGCUAGCAGAAAAAAUCAGAUUAGGGGGUGGAGAAAAGGCACGGAAGCUUCAUACAUCAAGAGGAAAGCUAUUACCCAGAGAGAGAAUUGACAGACUCAUAGAUCCAGGGUCUCCAUUUUUGGAGUUCUCCCAGUUUGCGGGUUACCAGUUGUAUGGUAAUGAAGAGGUACCGGCAGGAGGCAUUAUCACAGGCAUUGGAAGGGUGUCAGGAGUGGAGUGCUUGAUUGUUGCUAAUGAUGCAACUGUCAAAGGUGGUACUUACUAUCCAGUCACGGUGAAGAAACAUUUACGUGCUCAAGAAAUUGCAAUGCAAAAUCAUCUCCCUUGUCUAUAUUUAGUUGAUUCAGGAGGAGCGUAUGUACCUGCAAUGGCUGAUGAAAGUAUAAUCCCUGACCAUGGGGCCCAAGGCCAAAACUUCUUGGAAAGAUAAGUCAUUAGUUACCUGCACAUUGCACAGGUUAAAGCGGCAACUGGUGAGGAGGUAUCAGCGGAGGAUCUUGGAGGUGCUGAUCUUCACUGCCGAAAGUCUGGUGUAACUGAUCACUGUGCUUUGGAUGACAAUCAUGCACUUCAUCUAGCUAGGAAAGUUGUGAGGAGUUUAAAUUACCAAAAGAAAGUAGAUGUGACAGUAGAACCAUCAGAAGAACCUUUAUAUCCUGCUGAUGAAUUAUAUGGAAUAGUUGGGGAUCAGCUUAAAAGAAACUUUGAUGUCAAAGAGGUUAUUGCUAGAAUUGUAGAUGGAAGUAAAUUUGAUGAAUUCAAAGCCUUGUAUGGGGAUACCUUAAUCACAGGAUUUGCUAGACUAUUUGGUUACCCAGUAGGAAUUAUUGGAAACAAUGGAGUUCUCUUCUCUGAGUCAGCAAAGAAGGGAACUCAUUUUAUUCAAUUAUGUUGCCAAAGAAAUAUUCCUAUUGUGUUUUUGCAGAACAUCACAGGUUUCAUGGUUGGUAGAGAUUAUGAAGCUGGAGGAAUAGCAAAGGAUGGAGCCAAGAUGGUAACUGCUGUAGCCUGUGCCAGUGUACCUAAAAUAACAGUAAUUAUUGGAGGAUCCUAUGGUGCUGGAAACUAUGGUAUGUGUGGAAGGGCAUAUAGUCCAAGAUUUCUUUAUAUGUGGCCAAACGCUCGCAUCUCAGUGAUGGGAGGAGAACAAGCUGCAACUGUCCUGGCCACAGUAGCUAAGGACCAAAAAGCAAGGGAAGGGAAACAGUUAUCUGAGGCAGAUGAAGCAGCUUUGAAGGAGCCAAUCAUUAGGAGGUUUGAAGAGGAGGGAAAUCCUUAUUAUUCCAGUGCAAGAUUAUGGGACGAUGGAAUUAUUGACCCCGCUGAUACAAGACUUGUUUUGGGUCUGAGUCUUAGCGCAGCACUAAAUGCACCCACCAAAAAGACAGAAUUUGGAGUUUUCAGGAUGUGAUCUAAAUGACUUUUCAGAACACCCUUGUACAUUGUUAAUCAAGGUUAAAGAUCAAAUGUACACAGGUAAUUCUGAGGAGUUCAUACAUUUAGAGUUUUAAUAUAACAAUUUUCAUACCAUGCUUAAGUAUAUUUUUUUAAUAUCAUCUGAGAUCAGUCCAUACAUCAUUUCUGUAAUACUGAAUCUGGCAUUUGGGUGAAUAAAUUGUAACUAUCAGCAUUAAGCUAGAUCUGUUUGUCAGAGAAUCAUCGCUAUAAUCUCUUAACCAUUAAAAUUACAUCCACGAAAUGA